AUGAGUUACUCCGGCGAUGUCUACUCCAGUAGUUCCUAUCGGAAGAUCUUCGGGGAUGCGCCCCGGAGCUCCGGCCGCAUGACCGUAGGCAGCAGCCCCUCUCGCCUGUCCAGCGGAUUCCGCUCCAGCGGCGCACACCGCAACUAUGGCUCCCCAUCCAUGCUCACAUCCUCCGGCUACCGCAAGGUGGGCGCCGGGCGCAACUUCCACUCCUCCAUGUCCGACUCCAUGGACCUGAACCAGUCCACGGCCGUCACCAACGAGAUGAAAAUCAUCCGCACCAACGAGAAGGAGCAGCUCCAGGGCCUGAACGACCGCUUCGUCUCCUUCAUCGAGAAGGUCCACAACUUGGAACAGCAGAACAAGGUGCUCGAAGCCGAGGUGACCAUGCUGCGCCAGCGCCACACCGAGCCCUCCCGACUGCACGACCUGUACGAGCAGGAGAUCCGCGAGCUGAGGGCGCGCGUCGAGGAACUGACUCACGAGAAGAGCCAGAUGCACCUGGACUGCGUGCAGAUGAACGAGACGCUGGACCGCGUUAGGCAGAAGCUGGACGAGGAGACGAGGCUCCGCGAGGAGGCGGAGGGCACCCUGAUAAGCUACCGCAAGGACGUGGAUGACGCCACGAUGUCCCGGCUCGAGCUGGAGAAGAAAGUCGAGUCGCUGCUGGAUGAGAUCGCCUUCCUCAGGAAAGUGCACGAGGAGGAGCUGCAGGAGCUGCAGGCUUCCCUGCAAGCCACACAGGUGCGGACAUCACAUCACCCCUCAUGACCUCCAUCAGUUGUCACUCACAUCUCCCCAUCUCCGCACAUAUCACACCAAAUAUACACCAAGGGAAAACUUAGGCUAUGUAGCCUAUGAAUUGCUGAUAACCUUUAUGUGACAUGGUGAUAACCAGUGCCAGAUAGCUAAUAAUGUUCAUAGAGUGUUAUCAUAUGGCUAUCUUAUCAUUCACAUUCACUGUGGAUCCACAUUCACCGAGUCAAAUAAGGCUUCAUUUACACUGGCAGCCCAAUUCUGACCAUUUUUUCACUAAUUGGUCUUUUGUCCAAUCAGAUCAGUUCUGAAAAAGAUCUGAUGUGAAAAGAUCUGAUGUGAUUGGUCAAAAGACCAAUUACUGGGACAAAAAUAUCAGAAUUGGGCUGCCUGUUUAAACGCACAUACGCUGUCCAUGGUGCUGAAGCCAGUGAACAUUGCGCACUGCGAUUAGUGGCAGUAAAAUGUACGGCACUGCGAUUCUGCGUAAAACAGCACCAUGCAGUACUCCCUCCCCUGUCUGCCAAUUUAUCUGCAGUGCCCCAAACCCAGCACUGACAUAGGGCACUAACUAUAGAAACUAUGAGGGAAGUUUUAUAACUAUAAAAUAUAAUUGAAAUGGUUUAAAUGGCUACUGAAAAUGGAGUCUGUGCAUAUUGAGAAAGUAUUAUACAGUGUCAAGCGCAAGAGAGAGUGUGCUAAAAAGAUAGAGAGGGAAAGGGAGGGAGAUCGAGAGGGGGAGGGAGAGAGAGGGGGAGCAUUGGGGUUGAUAGCAGUGCUGGCGCUGUCACUGAUGAUGCAGAGAAAUAGUAGCGCAAUAUCUAGGUGUGGUCGUCCUAUCAUGCAGGAUAGGACAGGACAGGAUGGGACAGGGUCAAUUCAGAACAUCAGAAAACUCGAUACAGAUCGAUCAGUGCAUGCCCUUGUUGCAUUUUACCUAGACAAUCUCAUGAUGAUCAACUAUCACACUUUGUAAAUUAAUUUUACAGGAUUGGGAAAAAGUUUUUUUUCUUUCUAUAGGUUACUACUGGCACAUAGCGUAGAUGUUGUCAACAUGGUAUUGAUUCAUGUUGUCCCACACAAGAUUAGUUGGAAUAAUAUAAUCAUUAAUCAAGGUCACAAUUAAACAACGUUAUUGUAGCUUUAUACAGUGUUUCAGAAGCCAGUGGCAUUUUUGAUGCGUCAUUGGAUAAGGUGAUAGUACUCUAAAGACUUUUCUUUAAAUAAAAAUAAGUAUGAUGUACAAUUUAAUGUCAAUUGAUACAACAUAGAAUCUUAAUAAUUGGAAAGAGCAUUAAUCGUUUGUUUCCUCCAUGGGGCUUUUCAUUUGCCAUGCAUGACAUACAGUAUAAUUGCGAUGUAAGCGAUUGACAGCACCACCCAUAGUGGUGCACAGAGAGAGCCCUGACUCAGUGCUCGAUACAUCAGCCCUCACCAUUCUACCUCACUGGAUAGAUAAUCAAUUAAAAUGUAUUCAAAUCAAAUCAAAUGUUAUUUGUCGCAUGCACCGAAUACAACAGGUGUAGAAUUUACUGUGAAAUGCUUGCUUACGAGCCCUUUCCCAGCAAUGCAGAGUAAAAAAAGUAAGAAAAGAUUAGCAAGUAAAAAAUCAAAUAAAAAGGGAAAUAGUAACACAAUAAAAUAACAGUAACGAGGCUAUAUACAAGGAGUACUGGUACCAGGUCAAUGUGCAGGGGUACAAGGUAGUUGAGGUAAUUGAGGUAAUAUGUAAAGGUAGGUAGGUAGGGGUAAAAGUGACUGUAAAAGUCACAUUAGCCCAAGGCUCAUAGCUCUCAGGUGUCUACUGUAAGCACAUAGUGGUCUUUGUGGUUUGACAAAGAUUUCACAUUUUCAAUAGUGAUUAUCACUUUUACCUAUAUUUUGGUUAAAGGACAACAAAAAGAUUUGGAAAAACUAGAUGUUGCAACAAUUGUGGUUUUGAUUUAUUAUGAUUCUUCACAUUUACAUUUGGAUUUUUACGAAAAUAAUAAUAUAAUAACGAAUAAUCAAGCAAACAUUCUCAUAUUCGAAUCUCCACUACAACUUAGAGAUGUAUCUAUUUAGCCAGUGAAGCAUUCUCUUCACCGGUGCCAACACCUGGUAAUCAUGUCCAACCCUUUAACUUACCCGUCUGUCCCUCUGUGUCUAUCUGGUCCCAGGUGUCAGUGGAGAUGGACCUGAGGGAGGGUAAACCUGACCUGGCCGUGGCCCUGAAGGACAUCCGUGCCCAGUACGAGGUCCUGUCAGCCAAGAACCAGAACCAGGCUGAGGAGUGGUACCGCUCCAAGUUCGCCAGUGUGAAUGAGGCGGCCGCCCGCAACCAGGACCAGGUGAAGCAUAGCAGGGAGGAGCUAAAUGAGUACCGCAGGCAGGUGCAGGCCCGUACCCUGGAGAUCGAGGCCCUCAGGGGCCACAAUGAGGCCUUGGAGAGGCAGAUGGCUGAGAUGGAGGACCGCCACAGCAAUGAGAUGGGAGAGAUGCAGGUAUGUGGAGUAGGACAAGGUGACUAUUUCUGUACACCACAGUAAUUGCUACAGUACAGGGCUUUACCCUGUGGAUUCUGUAGAAUUAUGUCCUUCUAAGUAACAGGUGCAUAUGACAGAUGGUAUGUGUGAUGAUGUUGAAAUAGCACUAUAGCACAACACAUGUAAAAAGGUAUUAGGUAAUGUACAUUGUGAGGUAGAAUAGUGAGGUCUUUAUCAUUAGUAACACAUCCUGAUGUUAAUCUGCCUGCAGGAGACCAUCCAGCAGCUUGAGUCUGCCCUCCACAGCACCAAGGGUGAGAUGUCCCGUCACUUGCGUGAGUACCAGGACCUGUUGAACGUCAAGAUGGCCCUGGACAUUGAGAUCGCUGCUUACAGGUCAGUCAUUCCCUGAUCUGAGUCUAAAAGUUAGGUCUGAUAAUGUUAAAUCAGCAGCAUAUCGUUGAUCCAAACCACAGUGCCUUUCCUGUACACUGAACACCUUUUUCACAUUUGAAUUCCAAGUCAGCAGAGUGACUGACCACAUUCACAUGACUGCUUUGGCAAUUAUGAAUGUUCAGAGUUUGGUACAUUUGUAAACUGACUCUCUCUUUCUCUGAUUUAGUCAGUAGUUUAGUCAGCUCAGCAGUCAAAACAAUGUUGAUGCACCACAGUGUGUCUUGGAAAGAUUUAUGAACACCUUUUCCCCCCUUAAAAAAAAAGUGAAUACUUAGUCAGCACAGCAGUGGAAUUUGAUACAUGUGUAAACUGACUCUCUCUUCCUCUAUCUCUCCAUCUCCAUCCCCUCUUCAGGAAGCUGUUGGAAGGUGAAGAGUGCCGUCUGAGUACAGUGGGCGGAAAUAUCCUGCAGUCAGGCUACUCUGGCUUCUCCUAUUCGUCCGGCCGCUCCUACGCCCUGGGUUCCUCCGCCCCCUACAGGAUGAGGGGAGCCAAGCCUGAGGAACCAGAGGAGGAGGAGGAUGAGGAAGAGAAGGAGGAAGAGGAAGAGGAAGAGGAGAAUGAGGAGGAGGGAGAGGAGGGAGAGGAGGGAGAUGAGAAUGCAGAGGAGAAUGGAAACGAAGAUGAGGAGGAAGAGGAGGAAGAGGAGGAGGAAGAUCAAAAGAAGAAGGAUGAGAAGGAUGAGAAGAAGGGAGAGAAAGGAAGUGCUCCCAGCAAGAGCACCAAGAGCUAA